GGGACAACUACUCACGUGCUCACCUGUCGCGUCGGCAAAUUCUCGGUCAAACUCAAAAAGACGGCCGUCCAAACCUCCAACACCACGAACGACGACGAAGAGCCGUGCAAGACCGACUUCAAGCACAUAAGUACCACACAACAUGGUCCUACGAAUCCGCCUCGCUCGCUUCGGCAAGAAGCACUCUCCCUUCUACAACAUAGUCGUCGCACACGCCCGAACAGCGCGCAACUCCCGCCCUCUAGAAGUCCUCGGCACCUACGAUCCCAAGCCGCAACCACCCCGACCGGGCGACACGCACGGCCGGCCAUGGAAAGAUAUCAAACUGGACAUAUCGCGAGCGAGGUAUUGGGUCGGUGUAGGCGCACAACCGAGUGAUACGGCGUGGAGGCUACUGAGCAUGGUUGGCAUUCUUGAGCCGCAGUACCGCAUUUCACAGAUUCAAGGACAGGUCGUCAAGGCUGAUUCAGCGGCCAAGUCGAUAAUACCUGAAAAACCUGUUGCGGCUGUAGCGGAAGAGGUCGUCGAGGAAGCCAGUGCUUGA